AUGGACGAUUUCGCUUCCACCAUAGAUUUUGAUGAGAAGUAUCCAUGCCCUCGACAAUCGUUCCAAGAUUGGUACAUUGUGAAGAAGAACCACUACUCAGGCGCCAAGAAGAUAGUAGAGGCGUGCGCCGGUUCGCCCAUACGGAAACCAAACGCUCUGUAUGUAAAGGCGCCUGAGAAGUAUGUUGUUGAAUGGGAUCAUCAAGAAACCAAUGGAUUCGAGGUGAUAAGGGAUGAUUGGACGGAUGAAGAUAGAGAAAAGAUUAAGCGGUUCGCCAAGGAGAUAGAGAAAUUUGAGAAGUACCCCAAAAUAGUUAAAUGGGACGCUGUGCAGCACUCUGUUCUUGUUGUUCUUGUCAUGUCAUCGAGCAAUGCUGGUUCUCAACUUUAUGGUGACGAGGACCCCUUUCAUGUUGUGAAUUCAGAUGAAGAAACAUCGACCACAGUAGCUGCUGAAGCCAAGAAGAAAAGGAAUAGAAACGUGAAGGUCGGUGAUCUGCCGACAAUUGAGUGCCCCUUGUUGGAGGAAUUUGCAGCACAGGUGACAGAGACUGACAACCUGAGGCUGAUUAGCGCUGCUUCAAUGGCGUACUUGAUGCGUUCGAGAGAGAUGAGGAAGGAACUGGUCCAGGCACGAGCUGAAAGAGACCAAUUGCUAAUCGAGAAGGCCAAGUAUAAUGAACUGGACGAGAAGCUCAAGGAAUAUGGUAAUAUGCAUAUCUCAAAGGAGGACCUUCACAAGUGGUCUGCUGCUUUCUGGUUCAAAAUGCUAUCUACGGGUGGAAUGGCGGCGGUUAUCAAGGAAAUUAACAUGGCUGCCACAGAGUACGGUGGCCAUGGAGUUGCUGUUGCCGGUCUCAGGAGGAUUAAAAGUGAGAAACCUAUUAAGGCCAAGUGGUUCAAGCAGUUCCUGAAAAAGAACUCGAAGAAACCCAUGCAUGAAGCGCUGGUGAAGGCUAUUACUAACUUAAGUAUCGAGCAGCUGCUUCUGUGGGAGUUGCUUUGCAUGGCUUUGGCCAGAAUGAGCGUUCCUGGGGAUGUUGGUGCAUUUCUGGGUGAUACCGCAACUGUCUUAGCUCGAGGGCCUGGCAAGGAGUUAUCAAUCCCUGAAAUUUCUGAAGAGUAUAUUGGCAUUGAGCUCGAGGACGGGGAUGAUGUGGCCUCAGAGGAAAAGGAUACUGGCAACUCUGGUACCAAGAACAAUGAUCCUCCCGUCGGGGGAAACACUGGUGGGGCUAACGGAAGCACUCGUCAUUCCCAUGAAGCUGUAUGA